AUGCCGACGAAAGCAACCAAUCCCCCGAACAUAUACCUAAUUGGUGCACAAUGUACUGGAAAGACGACCCUGCUGGCAGCGCUACAAGCUUUCUUCUCUGAUCCCAACAACCGUACCAGAAGCGAAGCUGGAGCAUUCGACCCUCCAGCUAUAAUCCCCGAGGUUGUACGCGAAGUCAUGGAACUUGAAGGCUUCUCUGCCAGCGAUAUUAAGGAUACCAGAUGGCAAAUCCUACAGCGUCUCACGCUGGAGGCGCAGUGUUUGGCCGAGGAAAAGCUCACCGACCAAUGGUACAUUUCUGACCGUUCUGGAUUAGACCCAAUUAUCUAUGCACAACUUCAGGAGACGAACGACGCGCAGGCAAUGAAAGAGUCAGCUAGCUGGGCGGCAUCGCAGCAACGGAUGAAAAAUAGUCUCGUCAUCCUAUGUGAAGCUGGUAACCCAGACUGGUUCAAGUUGGACACUGCCCGAAUCUCCCAUUCGGAAUCGCAUAACUGGCAUAAUAUGCAUACGAGAUACAUCACUCUUCUAGAGGAGACCGAUAUCAAAUUUUUUCUCCUGGAAAAGUCAAUUACGAAGAUUGGUGAGAGGGUCAAUUUCGUUAUUCGGAAGUUUGAGAGAAUGUACACCGAAACGGAUACCAGUGCAUGA